GGAUAUUCUUUCAUCAAAUGCUGAGCGAAAUUUGGUCGCCUCGAGUACUUGUCCCAAGAGCAAUUAUAUUUACGUGAACAAUAGCAGCUAAUAUUUAUAUUAUGGACAUCAAUUUCCAAGUUAUAUUAAUAAUCGCUAAUUAUAAUUGCAAGACCAUUGACAAUGUGACGCUCAUAAAUACAAAAUAGAUUUACUGAAAUCAAUUGUGCACAAAUUUAACGAAAAGCUAAAUAAAAAAUCAAGCCCAUUCUGUAUUGGCUAUUCAACUAAUGUCUUAAUGCAAAAGCCGUAAAAUACAGUAAAUAAAACGUGAAAUAAAAAAGAAGCGUGCAAAAAAUGCGGCAAAUAUAAGGAUUACUGCAAUAAAUACUUCACGACGAAUGUGACUAUCGUGCAUCUCUGUCGCCGGUGUGUUUGUGCUUUGUGAAAAUUAAACAUAACAAGCGCGAAGAAUAGUCCAAACGAAACAACAAGCAAAAAAGAAACAAUAAUGAAAAGACAGAACACGAACAGCACAGAUAAUGAAGAAAUUUUGUUCCCGUAUCGCACAAAACAAUACAACAUAAAAGCGAGAUCAAAUUAGACAUGAUGAAAAAUGAAAUUGACAACAAAGUGCAAAUUGUCGAACGUGAAACGUUUUGAAUGCUAACGUAAUUGAGUGAGAAGCCAACCAAAAUGUCUGUGAUUAAAUUCAAGCUACAAUUGAAUGUGCGCGGCCAGUAACGCCGCAGAUUUCAGUAUUGACAUAAACACGAGACGAACGAUGACGUAUGGGUACGACGUUAAUACUUUUGUCUUAGAAUAGACGCACGUUUCACUGUAAGAGUGGUUUUGUUUGUCCGACUCUUUCCUAUUAUAUUGAAUAACCUGUGUGAAAUCAACUCAAGGUCAAAACACAAAACAAAUCGCACACAAUCCACUCGAAAGAUAAUGUAAAUUUUAUAUUACUACACAGAUAUUUAAUGUACAAUCUACACAAGUAUGCGGAGUUGGGUACCUGGUCAACUGCAUAUAAAUACCACAAUUUUGAAUUGUGGCGGUUACUUGCUCAUUUGCCGCUCAAUCGUUUACAUCGAAUAUUUCAAACUUUCGUAUUUUUAAUUGUUUUUACUUAUUUUUGUGACUUGUUAUCCUCCUUUGGCUUUGUGUUUGAUUGUUAGAAUAGUUUAACAAUGAUGAAAAUUUGCGUUUUAGUUUUGUGUGUGGCUUUUGUGUCAUCUGCCCCUCAAGUUAAAGAAAACGAUAAUGAUUUUGAAUUGCCGGCAGGAACAAUAACAUGCCAAAUUGAUAGCCCAGAUCGCGAUGAGUGCAUCAAGGAAGCAAUCCAAGAUAUGUUGCCAAAAUUGGUGAAUGGAUUGGAGAGUCUUCGUAUUCCACCAAUUGAUCCAUAUCGAGUUGAAUCGCAAUCGAUGACUUUCAGACGAGGAGAUGCCUUCGCUGCAACUGGCACAAUUCGCAAGACAAACAUCUAUGGAGCAUCCAACGCCAAGAUCACAGACGUUAAGACUAAAAUCACAAAGACACACAUCAGCACUCAAAUCAAAGCCUACGUACCACAUUCAACAGUUGAGGGAUACUACAAAGGCGAGGGCCGCUUCAAUGGAUUGAAAAUAAAAUCGAAGGGAUACUUUAACGUUACAGCUACCGAUAUAAACUUGGUGAGCCGAACAGAAGGUGAUAUUAUUGAAGUUAACGGCAAAGAAUAUGUGAAAUUGACCAAAUUCGAGGUUUCGCCACAAUUUGGUGAUUUAAAAGUAUACGCUACAGGAUUAUUUCCAGAUGAGGAGCUGAGUCGUAUUACAUUGAAAUUCGUUAACCAAUACUGGCCAUUUAUGGUACGCGAGAUGAUGCCGCAGGUGCGAGCAGCCAUAGAACCACUUCUCAUUGAGGAAGCCAACAAGUUCUUGCUCCACGUCCCAAUCAGAAAGAUGUUGUAUUAUGGAGAAGAUUCGGCCUAAAUAUGAACGCAAACUUUGAAAGUUAAUUUAUUUUCUAAGUAUCGCCUGGUUCCAAUGGCACAAAUUUACUUCCUUCAAUUGAAAACGUAAAAAAAGAACACUUGUUUUAUCAGAAAUCGAUUCCUUUUUAUUUCAUGGUUGCUUUUUAUAAACAAAUUCGUAGGAAUUAGUCCCAUUGCUGUUGUUCAAACUGGGAUAUCUAUGAAUUUGUAUAUGUGAUUGAUGUAUUUUAUUUUUUGAAAUACAGAAUAAAUUUUUUGCUAUCGAAAACAUGCAA